AGCCUUCUUGAUUAUAGAAAUGAUGCCAGCAAUGUUCAAAACUAAAGUGAAUCCACAAGGGGCAGUCAAGUGGUUUCAAGGCAAGUAGUAUUUCUUUAAGAGUAUAAAAGGGGGGUGGGGGGUGGGUUUGCAUAGAGUAUAGACAAGGGACUGUAGAAAAUUGACUGCCAAUAGCAGCCAAUGAGUGUGUGGGUGUGCGUGUGUGUUUCUUGUACGAGUCGGUGAUAAAUAUGCUAUUUACUGGCCGGGAAGUCCGAAUUGGGUAAGAUUGUGCCCAAGGUCCUGAGCACCGGUAUUUUAAACAGAGUGUACAGUUUUUCCCAAUACGGACCGACCUAGGCUGAUGACCAACAGUUUUUCCGUACACUCAACGAAAUGUUUUCCAAAAGAACCCUAAUGAGUAAGUGCUGUAAUUACGGCAAGAUCCUCCGUGAACUGAACAAAUUUUGAGCGAGUAAAGUUGAAACAGACUGAGGUAAUGCAAAUUAAAGAGAGGCUUCACCGAAAUAUUUUUAUUUGUGUAUUGAAAAAAGUGAUUUAAAAGGCUUCUAUAAACAAACUUUGAAACAUUUGUUUCACAAGUAUCUGUCACAAUCUGACACCUGUCAAUUAGAGGGCGCGUAAGAAAAAAGGACAACAACAACAACAACGGCGCUGGUUUGGCAAAUAAACUUACGUGAAAGUAAUUGUAAUUAAAUUUAAAACUAUAUUUUGAAGUUAUGGGAGUUUGCUCGUUUGUUUAGUGCAAUCACGCGAGUAACUCUGGUCUUUCAUCAAAAGGGGAAUUUUAAUGCAGCUUUUUAUUGCUGAAUUCCUUCGUUUUCUGUUGUGAAAUUACAGAAGCGACUGUCCGAUUUGAACGGACUUACAACGACUUACCGAAAGCGUAUUUAAAGUAUAGAAGACUUCGCUCACUGGUUUUUAAUGAACAACUUGUUUGAGAGAUUCAGAUAUAUGAUAAAUAAAAUUUCCACUAAUAAUUUCAAUUAUAAAGAAAUACCUCACCUUUUAACUUUCUGAGCUUCUUCUACUGAAGGUUUAGGUUAGUCACAAAUGGUUUUUAGGCCGCGUGUCAACCCAUUUAAUGACAUACUUGCUACCAAAAUUCAUUUAAAAACCAAAAUUUUGGCUAGCAACCAGAGUGAUUUGAGAGAGAGACAUUGAGGAUCAACAAGUUGUUAAUCGGCUUGAUUUUCUGUCAAAUAAUUUGCUUAAAAAUACUGCCCAGCUGGCAAAACGAAAUGUAUUUACGAAAAAUAGCAACAAAGUUAGGCAUGUAGUGCGGGGCUUGCGCAAGCGAUACCGUAACAGUGGGCAGAGAUAGGAAAAUCCGGAUCGCACUAAUGGCCAGUAAGAUUACAGGAUUCGUUACUGCGCCCUCUGAGAAAGACAAAAAAUAAAUACAGUUCUUUCCAGAAAGGCUGUCGGAAGAAAGCAUGUCGGAAGUGCAAGGGAUAACCCCGAAAGGUAUUGCGGGUAGCUUUUAUGUCAUGGUAAGACUUGACCUCAGGAUUUCGGGGAAGGCUAAGAAAAUGUUAAUUUAAGGACGAGGCAUCAUGGGUUUGAUUAACCUAUUUUAUUUAAAACACUGAAUUUAAAUUCUAAACUGUAUGAAAACGAAAAAAAGAACAAACUAACACUAAUUAAUUUAUCUUUACUUUUUAUGUCCGUAUUAAUUACCGUUACCCAGAUAAUCUUUUGAGGUUGUCGCGUGCACUUUAAAUUUUUGCUCUUUUUUCCGACAAACUUUCCGGUAACAACUUUAUAAGGUUAACUGUGUAUCUCCAGUUGGACAUUUAUGAUAACUUGCAUUCACAUUUAAUUUACGUUUUUUCUAAGUCUGUUCAGGUGGGAGAGGAAGAAAGAAGUGUAGGGGGCGGGGGAGGUGCAGCUCAACGAGGAAAUAAUUGAUAUUAUAAAAUAAUUCAAAUAGUACGCGCGCUCUGAUUGGCCAUAAAACCAUUUUACAUAAGCGUACGUAAACACGGUUUUCGUUCCUCUUUCAUUAGUUAUUUUAUAAAAGAAAUGUAAAAUGGUUUCCGUGUUUACAUAGCCUGAUGUAAACACGCGGGAGGUUGGGAGAACACGAGAUAAGCGUAGGGAAACCACGACGCGAAGCGGAGUGGUUUCCAGCUUAUCGACAUCAGGCUAUGUAAACACGGAAACCAUUUUACAUUUCUUCAUUCAAAAACUCAACUACCAAAAUUACAUAAAUUCUCGAACUUUAACUACAUAGUAAGAGAAAAAAGAUUCUUCCCCUUCCUUGUUAAUGUUUUCUUACUGUUUCACAUUGAUUUACCAAGACAUGUUUUUCGCGCACAAAUAACUCCUAAAAAAAAACAUUGAACAAGAUGAAAGGGGCAGUAAGAGAAGUAGAUUGAAAUUUUUCAUUCAGUUUAGGUAAUUAAGUUUGCGAUUUCUUUCGCACUUUGUCAGAUAAUCAAAGCUCCCCGGUUGGGAUCUCUAUUCCCUGUAAAUUACUCUUCAUCCCAUGCUUGUUAUUAAACUAGUAACGUCUCUGGCAAGGAUCCUCUCUUGCUUUGGCUAUUCGAUAACCAUAUCUAAAUAAUCAAUUUAUUCCAAUUGUAUUCUUCAGCUCAACACCUUGAUACUCGUACGAGUCAUAAAGGAGAUGACCAAUUUGUUGCAGCCAAAUGGGGAAGACAACCAUUUUCAGCAAAUACGGUAAGAUUCACAACAUAAAACUAAAACAAAAUAGUGGAAGAGGCAGCCAUGUCCUCCUGUGGGGCUCUAUUCGCCUAACUUCCUCAUUCCUUAAUCAGUAAGGCCUUACUAUAUCUAAAAAUGAAAAUUCACUGUCAAAGGAAAAUAAAUGAAUAUUUUCUUUUAACUCCUAGAAUGGGCAUCAAAGCAUGCGUAGGGAUGAUUCCCCUGCUGGGUGUCGCGUGGCUAUUCGGUCUCCUCUCGCCUGUACAUAAAGCUUUCGCUUACAUCUUCACCAUACGUAACUCUUCUCAGGUCAGUGUUCGAUGGUAACUCUCAAAAUUAUUCAAUCUCUAUCAUUAUUUUACUUUCUAACCAAGUAAAACACCAUUACGAUGGUCACAUGAUUUUUUUUUGAAAUUUAAAACAAAAAUGCUGUUAACUAUGCAAGAGAAGACAGACUUCUUUUUCAAUUAUAUAAUAUGCAAUUUUCCUUCCCUCUUGGAAAUCUUAAUAGGUACUUUGUCUAAUUUGUUCGCAUAUUGUAAAAAUUAAUGAUCUUGAAAUCAUGUUUAUGCUGCAGGGUUUCCUGAUUUUCACUCUACACUGCAUGCAAAACACUCAGGUAAGAAAAAUAAACAAACUAAUUGUUAACUCCAUAUCAUCAAGUUUUAGUGUUUCGAUAGAUAUCCGAGUACUAGUGCUAAGAACCGUGUUUCGCGUCGUUCGUCUAUCUGCAGAUCAGAGAGCGUUUCACAAGAAAGAUGAACAUCGUUUUUCGAUCUUCUAUAAAGAACAACUAUACAAGGAAGAGCUCACAGGCCCAGUGAGGUUGGGGAUGUAUGGGCAGUUGAAAUGCAGUCUUGUGCUCAGUGUUAAUCGAAAUCGCACCUAGCUUAAAUAACUGGAUCCAGCCAGCCGGAAAUGACAAUGAAUUACUAAGUGCAAUCACUUAGUUAACAGCAAUAAGUCGGUUACGAUCGAUCUGACUUGCGAUCUGCAGGUAAAAAGAGGUUUUUCUUUUCAUAAUUGUUUAAGCACUCAACUAACUGUAAUUGUAAUCUAUCUUCGUUACGAUAACAAGUUUAUUUUCUAGGCGAUAGUAUACUUGUAGGCAAGAUUCAUCGAAAUAAACAAAUCUAUAAAUUCAAAUUUCUAGUAGCUUAGUAUCUUGAUGACUUUCCUUCGAGUAAGACCACAGUCCGCUACAGACAAGGCGGGAAUUUUAAGCCAAGAUAUCACGAAUUGUCUUUCUUGAAGAAGCACUCUAGCCGCAGCUUUAAUUGAAUGUAUUUAUCUUUCGAUUCUUGCUCGCUAAAUUUCUGCGCUCACUGCAUGAUUAUUUCAUAUUCGACGUUUCACUUAUUGAGUUUACAAACUUCUCACCAAACACUGUUAUUACUUUAAAUAAUAAGCUAUGGAUAAUAACUGAAACUAUAGGUUUCUAGAAAUUUCGAGAAUGCCUAGUCAUACGAAAAUGCAUACCAAGGGACUUUCUGGAGUAUUUUACUAGGUUACUUAGUUAUGAUGUAACAGUAACAUCGAGAGAGACCGAAAGAGAGCUACCGUAGAAGAUUGUUAAUCUCGAGUUACUUUGGAGACAACUUCGAGAUUGUGUCAGUGGUGAGCAAAGAAAUAGUUUGUGGUGGGCUUCAAUCAGGUGAUUUAAGGAUAAUUAUUCUACUUCUUCAAGAGUCAUUCCUUGGCAAGAAUAUUACAAGUUGUUUAAUAAAUUAAUUGGGUCUGUUGAUAAAUGAUGC